CUCUCACGCAGCUCUGAGCUCAGUAGCUGACUGCGCGUGUUCAUACUUCUUGCAGAUUGCUCACUGCUCAGUCAAUAUUUGUCAAGAGACGUAGAUCGUGCUUCGUAUAGCGUCGUCCACGAGUUUACAAUUACUAUAAAAUACUCAAUUGUGUACAGUCAGUUUGUGUUACUAUACGACGUCGCAGCAUGAACGAAUCUCAUCGCAUCCAUUGCAGCUGGUGAUUCUUGAAAAGAAUAAAGUAUUUCAUAUUGUAAUUGAUUGUGUUUGUGCGUGAGUGUGCAACAUAAUGUCUUCUUCUUCUUCUUCGUCCGCGUCCGAAUCCGACGAUCACGAUCAAACGGACGGACAAGUCGAUUUCUUCGUAUACCUUUAUAGGUUUUGCGUUGUCAACGACUUUUUAAAAGAACUGAAAAGUAUUAGUGAAAUGGUCAAUUGGGAGAUUGAAGAAGAGAAACAUACACUGUUCAAUCGUGUGCAGUUCUUGAUUAGAAAUUGGAAGGGCCCACUUCCUAAUCUUCGUAACAUCUUUCGAAUCGAAGAAAUUGAUUGGCUUCUCACGGAGGACGUGAAGAACAAAAAUGACACCAUUUAUGGUGGAUAUAAAUUCGUCCGAUUUGUUGUUAAGACAGGCUACAAGGACGAGCCCAAAAUUAAUGAAGUCGGAAAGCCAUUGUUAAGGCGCACCACAGCAGUACAUCAUGCAUCUAGACACUGCUUCCUCACAGACGUUCUCCCUAAUCUUUUUAAAAUAUACAACAGAUUCGACGUGAAUUACACCGACGAGUCUGGUCUGUCGCAUUUUCACGCGGCCUGCAAGUUUGGCCUUAAAAACAUCGUCGAGAAAUUUCUUGAGCUUGGGCAGGACCCCAAUUGUAUCGUAGAUGAAACAGGCGAUACGCCGCUUCACUUGGCUCUGGAGAUGGGAAAUACUAGUGUGGUAAAAUUGUUGUUGAGAAACGACGCCGAUCCAAAUUUAUCCAAUGCACAGGCACUAACACCUUUGCACAUAAUAUGUCAAAGAGAUGACGACGACGAGGAAUUAGUCGACAUGUUAUUCGAGCUUGGCAACCACAAAUAUCAGCCGGUUCGAGUCGAUGCCAGUGACAAGUUAGGCCGGACACCACUGCAGUUAGCUGUAGCGAAUUUUUUGCCAAAUUUGUUCAAUGUGCUCUUGAAUCGUGGCGCUGAUCUAUCAAGUUUCGUAUUUCCCACUGAAGGUUACUUCGGUGAGACAUUUAGCCGAGAAGAUUCUCAUUUCGCUGAUAUCACCCUUUUACUAGCAUCCGAUACUCUGAUUAUCGUCGAACGUUUAGAGAAAAGAGGAUACGAAUUGAACCGAGCAAGCGCUCUAACCAUCAUAAAAUAUUUUUCUAAGCGCAGAAUGUUCGAGAUAUCAACUGAUCUUGACACAAAAUUGUAUGAUGACGAGGAGUUCAUAAUUGAAACGAAAAAAUGGAUGAUAAAUUCGAGCCUUUCACUCUAUGACGUGGUCCGAUUGCAACCCAAAAAAGCGGAAAAAUUAUUUACAUAUACGGACUAUUACCAGUUUAUGCAUCAAGAUUAUUUCGAGAUCGCGGAAGAACCCAGACUGGCUUGUGCUACGCACGUGAGAGAGAUUAUAAUGAGAAGAUUUUGUCGUCGAUGGGCACUGGAUUCUUUCUUGGAGCUGACGGGUUACCAAUUGCCAAUUCUUUGUUGUGAAAUUAUUUUUGAGAAACUAAUGAACAAAGAUUUGUGCAAUAUUUUCAUGGCGGUUGCGGGCCAAAGCUCAUGA